AUGGCCCCCGCCCGCCGCCCCGCCGGAGCCCGCCUGCUGCUCGUCUACGCGGGCCUACUGGCCGCCACCGCCGCUGGCCUCGGCUCCCCGGAGCCCGGCGCGCCCGCGGGGAGCCGCGCCCGCGAGGAGCCGCCGCCCGGGAACGAGCUGCCCGCGGGCCCCGGGGAGAGCCGCGCGGGGCCGGCCGCCCGCCCGCCGGAGCCCAGCACCGAGCGAGCGCGCAGCAUCGACCCCCAUGAUGCCUGGAUGCUCUUCGUCAGGCAGAGUGACAAGGGUGUCAACAGCAAGAGUGUGAGCAGAGGCAAGGCCAAGAAGCUGAAGCUCGGCCUGCCAGGGCCCCCUGGUCCCCCCGGCCCCCAGGGCCCCCCAGGCCCCGUCAUCCCACCAGAAGUACUGCUGAAGGAGUUCCAGCGGCUGCUGAAAGGCGCGGUGCGGCAGCGCGAGCGCGCGGAGGCCGAACCCUGCACGCGCGGCCCCACCGCGGUCCCGGCCGCCACCAGCGGGAACGAGGAGGCGGCGGCGGCGGGGGCCGCGGACGUGCUGGCGCUGCUGGCCGCGCCCCUAGCCCCGGGCCCGCGGGUGCCGCGCGUCGAGGCCGCCUUCCACUGCCGCCUGCGCCGGGACGCGUCGGUGGAGCGGCGCGCGCUGCACGAGCUCAACGUCUACUACCUGCCCGACGCCGAGGGCGCCUUCCGCCGCGGCCCCGGCCUGAACCUGACCAGCGGCCAGUAUACGGCGCCCGUCGCCGGCUUCUACGCGCUCGCCGCCACGCUGCACGUGGCGCUCGGGGAGCAGCCGAGGCGGGGGCCGCCGCGCCCCCGGGACCGCCUGCGCCUGCUCAUCUGCAUCCAGUCCCGGUGCCAGCGGAACGCCUCCCUGGAGGCUGUGGUGGGCCUGGAGAGCAGCAGCGAGCUCUUCACCAUCUCGGUAAAUGGCGUGCUCUAUCUGCAGACGGGCCAGUACACCUCCGUAUUCCUGGACAACGCCAGCGGCUCCUCCCUCACGGUGCGCAGCGGCUCCCACUUCAGCGCUAUCCUCCUCGGCGUGUGAGUGGCCACCCCAGGCCCUUGCUCUUGCUGGGCAAACAGGGCUACGGUCCAAAUGAUCUCUGGGCAGUGUCGGAGUGGCAGAGGCCACACACAGGAGGAAGUCCCCUGCAACUGCCCCCACUGGCCACCGCAGUUCAGCCCAGAGACGGCCACAACAGCCAGCCCCAGGAGGUGACAUGGAAACUGGCAGUCCUGGGACCCGGAUGACUUCAGGAUGCUGUCAUUCAAAAGGGGAAAAGCCCCAUUGGGCUGUUAUUCUGGAAAUGUUUCCAGUGAGGUUCAGUGUGCCCAGGAGCACUUGCUUUUGUCCCUGGCUGCAGACCGGGCCCCUCCUGGCCGGUUGGGCACCUUGCCCAGAAAGCAUCAACUGCCUUGCUGUGGCGGAGCCCUACCUUUUCCAUCUUUCUUAGCGUUCUCUUGGGCUGCCAGGAGUGCCAGCCUGGAGGGAAAGGCUGGUCAGCCUGCCCAGGUGCCCUGUGUGCAGGGGGAGGGCCUCCCAGGGAAAGCGAGCUGCAUGGCGAGGCCACCAUGAGCAACAGCCUUCCCACAGCUCCCCUCUCCACCUGGGGCCCUCUGGUCCGCACCUGCUCUUCCCCCAAAAGUGUCUUUGGCCUGCCCAGGGACCUCAGGGUGCUGCUUGGCCUGCAGUGACCACAGGACUCAAGACUCUCAUUGUAGCUCCUUGGCAGAGCAACCUUGGAAACCAGAGGGACGCUGGAAAGGGCUUAUGAAGGGACAGUGAGAGUCUGGGCCUGCCUUUGAGGAGCUGUGGUCACUUCUAAUGUGUGCAAGAUGACCUGCAAGUUCACCUCGCAGAUGGUCUUUCCAAACAGGAGCUAUGCUCUUCCCCUCCUCAGGAAAUCCUUCCCUUUUCCCAUCCCGGUUGAGGUCUCAGUGCUGGGAUCCACCCACCAGAUGAAAGAUCUAGAACAUCUUUGCAGAUUAGAGACGGCCAGGCCCUGCCCACCCAUCUGAACAGACACAGCAAAGGCUUCCCAGGAGCUGACAGCUCCCACUGCCCACCUAUGGCCUAGCUUGGUCCAACCAGCUCAGGGGUUAUUCAAAGCAUCUUCCCUAAUUGGGUGGAAACGGGGCCCCGAGCUCGGACAGGUGGAGGAGACAGUGCCGAGAACGAGCUGGUCCUGGGAAGGCUGGGUCCCAAGUCCGCCAUGCUGCAGUAGCAGUGAUGGGACCCGGGUGGGGGAGGGGGACGUGUUCCUGUGAGGAGACAUGGGUGUUGGCCUGCAGCAUGUUUCUUCCAAGGUGCAGGGGCCCCCACUGCCUGCUGAGGAAGUUACCCCAACCCGUCCCUACAUACAACGGGCUACCGGGACCUGGAACCACAGGUUGUCCUGGGGGCCAAACUGCUCUAACAAGGGUGUGUUCAGGCCUGGGAGAGAAGAGGGCACUGGCCAGUCACCUUAACCUAGCUGGCCUCAGGGUGCGCAGGUGACUGAUCCCCAGACUCAGAGUCAAAGACCUCUCUCCUCAAGCACGGUACACGCCGACCCAUCUGUGCACUCUGGCAGGCCUGGCACGGUUCUCAGUAGGACUCGCACCCGCCCUACCAGGAAGCGCCGGCUGGCCUGUCCUGCCUCCCCUCGCUCUUUGAUAAGGGGUGACGUGACCACACCCUUUUCUGGAUUUCACUUUGCAUCCAGUGGGCACAGAUAUUUUAGAGAAGUUCUCUUUUACCCUUGAAAAAGCCACAGAUCUCUUUCAUUUUCUCAAGUGUGUUACACAGCAAUUUAAUGAAGUAUUUAUUGUAUAAUAUUGCCAGGUAGAAUAUAUUUAUAUAUAACUGACUUUAUGAAGUGGUGCAAGUACUUAAGAAUUGUGUUAUGUGAUUAUACAAAGUUGCAAUAAAAACAAAGGGCAGACCUUAAAGCACAGCGUCGUCUUCAUUUAGACCAGGCUCGCUGGGAUGGUGGGGUGUGCACUGUGGGGGGAGAGGUGGAAGGAUGGCCUCCAGCCUGUGGGGGCCCCAGGACCCCAGGAAGGUGGCGGGGGAAGGCCUUGCCAGGGAAGCCGCGGUGCCAAACCUCUCUAGCUCUGCAGCAGUGGCCCUCUGGGAAGCAGGGACACGUGAGUCACAGGCUGACACCUGGUCUGCUAUAGGAAGAUGCUUAUUGAAUAAAUUGUUCGAUUUCCCAAUUCUGAGAUGCUGAGACUCUUUCCUUCAAUGGUGCCACCCUGUCUGAUGUCACAGUCCUCAGCAGAAUUGGAACCUGGCUCUAACACGGGCAGGGUGUGCUCUGAACACUCCCAAGGAACUUGGAGCAGGGGCCCCAGUUCCGCUGACCGAGCUGACGGGUGAUAAGCCCAUGUGCGCAUGCUGGGCGGGGGCCAGGGAGCAUUACAAAACAGCUGCUUCAAAGGCAAAUUUUUAGAAUCUUACAUCAUCCUGAGGCUAGCAUUUACAAAAACAGACUAAGAGCUGCUUUACUAGAAAGCAGUCCCAGCAAUACUGAUGGCCUGUUUCACUAUAAAGAAGGGCCUGGAAAGCAUUUUAAAGUUUGUUUUUCUGAGUAGGCCGAUCAUGCAUUUUUUAACAUCUUUAUCGAAAGGGUCACCUCUGAAGUGGUAUGCAAAGACCAACCUCAGCCCAACACAGAGCCACGUGAGCGCAGGCACGCUCCCAAGACUCGAAGCUGGGUCUGAGAAGGGGUGCUGAAGAGCAGCUUGAGUGCUCACGCCCUGGAAGCGCACAUUUCACACCCAGGGGGGUCCAGAUUCGAGACCUAGCACUCCAGAGUCCUUCGGCCAGACUGCAUCUUUAUCAGCGGAAUCAGAGACGAGCAUUGUUCUCGGAGAGCCUGGCAGGGGCACGCUGCUCUGCAGAGCAAUAACCUCGUGCGUGCCUGGGCAGGCUGACCAGCCUUUCCCUCCAUGCUGGCACUCCUGGCAGCCCACGAUGGUGCUGCGGAAAGUUCUGUCGACUUACUUUCAUCCAGAAUACUGAAAGAAGCCGCAGCGCUCCCACAGCCCAGGUGCUGGUCUAGCCCAUCCUCACCUCGAGCUCCUCGCUGUCAAACGCCACUUAUCCAACCAGGUCAUCGCAAGGGUGAAAGGGCACAGGGAGUGAAAGGGCACAGGUAAGGUGCCCGUAAACUACACAACACUGCCCCGGGAGCGGCCUGCAGGGUGGGUCAUUACUAGAUGCUGACAAUGGUCUUAACAAGGAAAGACCCAGAGCAUAUUCAAAUGCAAACACAAUUAACCUCUGAAGGGUCAAGAGCUGCUCAAAACGUAACAAGAUAACUCAAAGGACUAGAAAAAAAAAGAAAGAAACCUUUAUUUACAACCAUGGGAGUCCCACAGGAGUACACGAGACACACA